GCGCGCUUCCCGCCGGCCAGAAUCAAGAAGAUCAUGCAGACUGACGAGGAGAUCGGCAAAGUGGCAGCGGCAGUGCCGGUCAUCAUCUCCCGGGCAUUAGAACUGUUUUUGGAAUCACUGCUAAAGAAAGCCUGUCAAGUGACCCAGUCUCGGAAUGCCAAGACUAUGACCACCUCCCACCUGAAACAGUGUAUUGAGCUGGAGCAGCAGUUUGAUUUCUUGAAGGACCUGGUGGCUGCCGUGCCAGACAUGCAGGGAGAUGGGGAAGAUAAUCAUCUAGAUGGGGAGAAGGGAACCCGAAGGGGCCGGAAGCCUGGGAGUAGUCGGAAAAACGGUGGUGCUGGAGGAAAAGGGAAAGAUAAGAAGCAGUCCGGGACUGACUCGGAGCAGGAGGAUGAUUCUGAAGACACAGAAACCGAUGGGGAGGAGGAGAUGCCACAGCCCCCACCCCAGCCCAGCCGGCCCACAGCCCAGUUCCAGAGCCCCCCAGCCCCCUUCCUCCCCUUCUCCUCCACCCUGCCUCUGCCUCCAGCACCUCCUGGCCCCACAGCUGUUGAAGAAGAAGAAGAUUAUGACUCAUAGGCCCUCCCCUUGGCCCUCCCCACCUCCUCCUCCCACCCUCCACCCUCAUUUAGUCCAUUUUAGUGGCUGGGGGUGAGGUGGGGGGGUAGGGGAGGGCCUUCUUAAAUUUAUUAAAAUUUUUAAAAAGAAA